CGCGGGGCGGGCGUCCCCUGCCGCAAGGGCUGCCGGUCUAUCGGCGGCGCGGGGGCGGGCGGCCGGCCCGGGGCCCGGACAUAAGAUGGCGGCGGCGUUGCUGGGGAGGCGGCGGCGGCGGUUGCGGCCGUGCGGGCUGUUGCGGAGCGCGGCUGGUGCGCGGCUCUGCCCGGGCUCGCAGGGCGGAUAGAGCGGAGGGGGGGGCCGGCUCGGCGGAGCGGGGCCGCCAUGGGCUCCCAGGUGCUGCAGAUCCUGCGCCAGGGCGUGUGGGCGGCGCUGAGCGGCGGCUGGUACCAGGACCCGCACCAGGGCGCUGGGGUCAACGCGCUGCACCUCUACCUGUGGCUCUUCUUGCUCGGCUUCCCCUUCACCCUCUACAUGGCUCUUCCUUCUUCCAUGAUGAUAGUAGCUGUCUACUGCCCGGUGAUAGCAGCUCUCUUUAUCGUUCUGAAGAUGGUGAAUUACCGUUUGCACAGGGCACUGGAUGAGGGAGAAAUUGUGGAGAGGAAUGCCAGUGAGCAUAUGGACAGAGGAGCAAAAACAGAACAAAGCAAUGUUUCAGCCAAGAGGAAAGACAGCAAUGGGCCCAGUGAUCCUGGUGGAGGGAUUGAGAUGUCAGAGUUCAUACGAGAAGCAACUCCCCCUGUUGGCUGUAGUUCACGAAAUUCUUAUGCUGGGAUAGAUCCAAACAACCAGGUUGGAUCUGGGUUAUCUCGUCUGGGAACAGCAGCAACCAUCAAAGGAGAUACUGACACUGCCAAGACCUCUGAUGAUAUCAGUUUAAGUCUUGGCCAGAGUUCUAGCCUAUGUAAAGAAGGAAGUGAAGAACAAGAUUUGGCAACGGAUCGGAAGCUUUUUCGUCUGGUGUCGAAUGACUCGUUUGUUUCCAUGCAACCUUCAUUAUCCUCUGGACAGGAUUUGCCAAGAGACAGCAGUGACAAAGUGUGCCUCUCGAACAACCAGCUUGUGGACCAGUCUAAAGCCAGUGCAUGUGACACAGAAGUAGCUUCGCUUGUAACUCUGCAUUCUCACUCCUAUAGGAAGGAUCAUAGACCACGAGGUGUACCAAGGACUUCUAGCUCUGCUGUCGCUUUUCCAGAUGCUUCAUUAAAUGACUUCCCUCUCUAUCAGCAAAAACGAGGACUAGAUCCUGUCAGUGAGUUAGAAGCUUCCAAGCCCCCUUCUGGAUCAAGAGAGUCCUUGGCUGAGAACUCUUGCAUUUCGGGAGUCUUUCAAUUAGAUGACAUUCUGAAAAGUAGCAGCCCUCAACCAUUGGCUAAGAGUGGGAAGAGCAAAUCCUUGAAAGCAGACAAAAGUGUGGACAGUCUGAGAAGCCUGAGUACUAGAAGCAGUGGUUCAACAGAAAGCUACUGCAGUGGGACCGAUCGUGACACUAACAGUACCAUCAGUAGCUAUAAAAGUGAACAUACUAGCUCAACACAUAUAGAAAGUGUGUUGUCAGAGCAUGAGGAGGAGUCUCCUAGAGAAGAAAAAAAGGACGGUAAGAAAAAGGACUGUGGUGUUGACUCGGAUGACAGUAGUUCUACUACUGACAAAAGGACUAGUAGCGAAAGGACUGCUGUGGAAGUGAGCACUAUCAGUGGUGUUCAAGAGAGAAAGGGUUCUAACGCAUCUGAUGAGAUGCACAGUCAGAAAGGUCUUGGUGCCUCUGCUUCAGAAGAGGCUAAUAAGAACCCACAUGCCAAUGAACUGACUACACAAGCUGACAGGCCACCUGGGAAGGCUGCUGAACAAAGAGAUGAGCAGAGUGAGAAACUAGCUGUGUUAGUGGAUUCAAGAGCUUCUAAGGAAAUGAGUGGAAAACAAAAAGAGGGCGAUGUUCGACCAAAAUCGUCCAGUUUAAUACAUCGAACAGCCUCUACCCACAAGUCCAGCCGGAGAAGGACAGGAAAAAAGCGGGCUAGUAGUUUUGAUUCAAGUCGGCACAGGGAAUAUGUCUCUUUCCGAGGUGUAUCUGGUACUAAACCUCACAGUGCUGUGUUCUGUCAUGAUGAGGACUCCAGUGAUCAAAGUGACUUAAGCAGGACUUCAAGUAUGCAGUCAGCUCACCAGUUCAGCAGUGAUAGCUCUUCCAGCACCACCUCCCAUUCAUGCCAGUCUCCUGAGGGAAAGUACAGUGCUCUAAAGACCAAAUACAUUUCUAAAGAACGUGGGGGCACAGAGCCUGAAAAUGCUCACAAAACCCUUGUAAGCUCUGAAGGAAUUAGCAAAAAACGGUCUACACGUCGGACUUCUAGCACAAACAGUGCCAAGAACCGUGCCAGAGUAUUAAGCCUGGACAGUGGUACUGUAGCUUGUUUAAAUGACCCAAAUAGUUUGAUGGCACCAGGUAACAUAAAACAGUUAACCACUUCAAAAUCUGAUUUGGAAGCCAAAGAAGGAGAGGUGCUAGAUGAGCUAUCUCUGUUGGGAAGGGCUUCACACUUAGAGUCAGUCACUCGUUCUAGGAAUAGCUUACCAAGCCAGGCUACGUUUCCUGAAGGGGAAGAGCAAGAAUCAGCAAGUGGAGCAGCACAAGCCAGCGAGGAGACUGUCACAUUUCGUCGUGAACGCAGCACAUUUAGGCGUCAGGCAGUACGACGCCGGCACAAUGCAGGGAGUAACCCUACCCCUCCUACAUUGCUCAUCGGAUCACCCCUCAGCCUUCAAGAUGGUCAGCAAGGCCAGCAGCCCUCCUCCCAGGUCAGAGUGCAGUCCCGCUCCCCUUCCCAGGCAGCUGUGCUCGGCGCUAGCGCCUCCUUGCUGGUGAGAAAUGGGAGUGUCCACUUAGAAGCAUCACAUGCCGCUGCAUCUGCUGUAGGUGGUAGCAGUUUGCACGAUGAACUUGGUAAGUUCAGUUCUACGCUCUACGAGACAGGGGGCUGCGACAUGUCACUUGUGAACUUUGAGCCAGCUGCAAGAAGAGCAUCCAACAUCUGUGACACGGACUCUCACGUAUCGAGUUCUACCUCAGUUCGCUUUUAUCCACAUGAUCUACUUUCUCUUCCUCAGAUCAGGUUGAACAGGCUGCUAACCAUGGAUACAGAUCUACUGGAGCAGCAAGAUAUUGACCUGAGCCCUGACCUUCAGGACCACAUGCAACCUCAAGAGGAAGCAGCUCAAAAAGUCAAGCAGUACUAUCGCUUUUGGAUCCUGCCUAAGCUUUGGAUUAGCAUCAAUUUUGAUAGAUUAACUCUUCUGGCUUUAUUUGAUAGGAAUCGUGAGAUCCUUGAAAACGUGUUAGCUGUCAUCCUAGCUAUUCUAGUUGCAUUUCUGGGCUCUGUACUUCUUAUAGAGGGCUUUUUCAAGGAUAUUUGGGUCUUCCAGUUCUGCCUGGUAAUAGCCAGUUGUCAGUACUCACUGCUGAAGAGCGUUCAGCCAGAUUCUUCUUCCCCUCGACAUGGUCAUAAUCGUAUCAUAGCCUAUAGUAGGCCUGUAUAUUUCUGUUUAUGCUGUGGUCUUAUUUGGCUGUUGGAUUAUGGCAGCAGAAACAUAUCUACAACAAGAUUCAGGUUGUAUGGAAUGGCUUUCACCAACCCAUUGCUGCUGCUGUCAGCCAGGGACUUAGUUAUAGUGUUUACGCUAUGUUUCCCCAUAGUAUUCUUCAUUGGUCUCCUGCCUCAGGUGAAUACAUUUGUGAUGUAUCUCUGUGAACAGCUGGAUAUUCAUGUCUUCGGUGGCAAUGCUACCACAAGCCUGCUUGCAGCACUUUACAGUUUUAUCUGUAGUAUUGUGGCAGUAGCAUUGUUGUAUGGACUGUGCUAUGGUGCCCUGAAGGAUUCUUGGGAUGGGCAGCAUAUUCCAGUUCUCUUCUCCAUAUUUUGUGGUUUGUUAGUGGCAAUAUCAUAUCAUCUCAGCAGACAAAGUAGUGACCCUUCUGUACUUUUCUCUUUAGUGCAAUCAAAAUUUUUUCCUAAUUCUGAAGACAAAAACCCUGAGGAUCCUCUGUCUGAAGUAAAAGAUCCUUUACCUGAAAAGCUUAGAAAUUCUGUGAGUGAACGAUUACAGUCUGACCUGAUUGUGUGUAUAGUCAUUGGUGUACUCUAUUUUGCAAUUCACGUCAGUACAGUAUUUACAGUUUUACAGCCUAUUUUAAGUUAUGUUCUCUAUGCAUUGGUGGGUACGGUAGGCUUUGUGACCCAUUAUGUUCUGCCUCAACUCCGAAAGCAACUUCCUUGGCAUUGCUUUUCUCACCCACUGCUGAAAACCAAGGAAUACUAUCAGUUUGAAGUCCGAAGUGCUGCACAUGUUAUGUGGUUCGAGAAACUUCACAUUUGGCUUCUUUUCAUAGAGAAGAAUAUUAUCUAUCCACUGAUAGUCCUUAAUGAGCUUAGUAGCAGCGCUAAGAAUAUUGCUAGUCCAAAGAAACUGGAUACUGAGUUGGGUGCUUUAAUGAUCACAAUAGCUGGCUUGAAGUUACUGCGUUCAUCAUUCAGUAGCCCAACGUGCCAGUAUGUCACUGUUAUUUUCACAGUGCUCUUCUUUACUUUUGAUUACAAAAGUUUUACUGAGACCAUGCUGCUAGAUCUCUUCUUCAUGUCCAUACUCUUCAGCAAGCUUUGGGAACUCUUUUAUAAAUUGAGAUUUGUAUAUACCUACAUUGCUCCCUGGCAGAUCACAUGGGGAUCUGCCUUCCAUGCUUUUGCCCAGCCCUUUGCUGUGCCACAUUCUGCAAUGUUGUUUGUCCAAGCAGCUGUGUCAGCUUUCUUCUCUACUCCACUGAAUCCUUUUCUGGGAAGUGCAAUAUUCAUCACUUCAUAUGCCAGGCCUGUCAAAUUCUGGGAAAGAGACUACAAUACAAAGCGUGUGGAUCACUCAAAUACAAGACUGGCUUCACAGCUAGAUCGAAAUCCAGGUUCAGAUGAUAACAACCUGAAUUCAAUCUUCUAUGAACAUUUAACCCGUUCCCUUCAGCACAGCCUGUGUGGAGACUUGUUGUUGGGUCGGUGGGGAAACUAUAGUACUGGGGACUGCUUCAUCCUAGCCUCUGACUACCUCAAUGCACUAGUACACCUUAUAGAGAUAGGAAAUGGCUUGGUCACCUUCCAGCUGAGGGGGCUUGAAUUCAGAGGAACUUAUUGCCAGCAACGAGAAGUAGAGGCCAUCACUGAAGGUGUAGAGGAAGAUGAAGGUUUUUGUUGCUGUGAACCAGGCCACCUUCCUCACAUGCUUUCCUUUAAUGCUGCCUUUGGGCAGCGUUGGCUGGCUUGGGAAGUGCUUGUGACAAAGUAUGUUCUGGAGGGUUACAGCAUCACAGACAACAGUGCAGCUUCCAUGCUUCAAGUCUUUGAUCUCCGUAAAAUUCUCACCACUUACUAUGUGAAGGGAAUCAUCUAUUAUGUCACAACAUCCCCCAAGCUAGAGGAAUGGUUAGCUAAUGAGACAAUGCAGGAAGGACUGCGGUUGUGCACAGACCGCAAUUACGUUGAUGUAGACCCAACAUUUAACCCCAAUAUUGAUGAGGAUUAUGACCACCGUCUAGCAGGGAUCUCAAGAGAGAGUUUCUGUAUGAUAUAUUUGAACUGGAUAGAAUAUUGUUGCUCUCGAAGAGAAAAGCCACUGGAUGCAAGUAAAGACUCGCCCUUGGUGACAUUGUGUUAUGGACUGUGUGUUCUGGGGCGGAGAGCGUUGGGAACAGCUUCACAUCAUAUGUCAAGUAAUCUGGAAUCCUUCUUGUAUGGCCUGCAUGCCCUAUUUAAGGGCGACUUCCGUAUAUCUUCAAUUAGAGAUGAAUGGAUCUUUGCUGACAUGGAAUUGCUGAGGAAAGUAGUGGUUCCUGGAAUACGGAUGUCACUUAAGCUACAUCAGGAUCACUUCACUUCUCCAGAUGAAUAUGAUGAUCCUUCUGUGCUCUAUGAAGCCAUAACAACCCAUGAAGAAAAUCUAGUUAUAGCACAUGAAGGGGACCCUGCUUGGCGGAGUGCAGUUCUUUCCAAUUCUCCCUCCCUCCUUGCUCUGCGUCACGUAAUGGACGAUGGCACCAAUGAAUAUAAAAUCAUUAUGCUGAAUAAGCGGUAUCUCAGUUUCAGGGUCAUCAAGGUGAAUAAGGAGUGUGUGCGUGGCCUGUGGGCAGGACAACAGCAGGAACUUGUCUUCCUGCGUAAUCGUAAUCCAGAAAGAGGAAGUAUCCAAAAUGCAAAACAAGCUCUGAGGAACAUGAUCAACUCCUCCUGUGACCAGCCAAUUGGAUACCCAAUCUAUGUCUCACCUUUGACUACUUCCUAUUCAGAUAGUCAUGAACAGCUGAAGGAGAUUCUCGGGGGAGCUAUCAGCUUAGGAAACAUCAGAAACUUCGUAGUGUCUACAUGGCACAGACUAAGGAAAGGCUGUGGAGCUGGCUGCAAUAGUGGUGGAAAUAUUGAAGAUUCAGAUGCUGGAGGUGGAGCUUCUUGCACAAGUAACAACGCAACUAUCAAUGAGUCUCAGAGCAGCAUGUCACAAGGAGGAGGGAAUGCAACUACAGGGCAGGGACCUGGAGCAGUACAGCACCCUCCUGUUGCAGCUCAUCCAACAACUCUUCCUGCAGCUCAUCCACCAACUCAUCCCUCCACUCUGGGCACCAGUCACAGCUCUCACUCUGUGCAGUCGAGCCUUGUCAGACAUUCCCCUGCCCGUGCCUCAGUAGCUAGCCAUUCAUCUUAUUGCUACGGCAGUCGUCAUUCAUCUCUUCGCACAUCCACAACGGGCUUUGUGCCUUGUCGGCGCUCUUCCACCAGUCAGAUAUCCCUUCGUAACCUUCCAUCAUCCAUCCAGUCCCGCCUGUCUAUGGUGAACCAAAUGGAACCUACUGGCCAGACUGGGGUCAGCGCGCAGCAUGGACUGCCCUCUUCUAGCAGCUCCAGCCAAAGCAUCCCAGCCUGUAAACAGCAUGCCCUUGUGGGCUUUCUAGGGACAGAAGGAGGGAGUAAUGCAACUGAAACUCAGUCAGGUGGCAAUGCAAGCCCUGCAAAUCAAAUGCAAGCCAAAAAGGAUGACGUUAUUUACAGAAUCCAGUUAAUGGAUCCCAGUCAAGUACUGGAAGGGAUCAACGUGUCAAAAAGGAAAGAGCUGCAGUGGCCAGAUGAGGUGAUACGACUAAAAGCUGGAAGAAACAGCUGGAAAGACUGGAGUCCUCAGGAAGGCAUGGAAGGCCAUGUGAUUCACCGCUGGGUGCCUUGCAGCAGAGAUCCAAGUAGUCGGUCCCAUAUAGAUAAAACCAUCCUGCUGGUUCAAAUUGAAGAUAAAUAUGUUGCUGUUGUUGAAACUGGAGUCCUUGAACUUGGGGCUGAAGUGUAAAUCUCUUUGAGACUGAAACUUCCCCUUCUCCAACGGUUCAGAAGAGAGAAGGGUCCAGAAGAAGCAGCUCCCAGGACAUGAAACUUCGGUCCAGUUGUAGGAAAGGACUUGAAACACAGAUUUGUUUAAGUUCCUUUCCCCAAAUAAACGUGUAAGACUUUUUUUUUUUUUUAAGUUGCUAGCUGCUGAAGAAACAUUUGCAUGAAGGAUAGAUUUGUUGAGACAUAUCUUUUUGUUUAUAAAUUUUGUUUAUGCAUUGCGUAAUGCUUUAAAUCAACAAACUUUUCAGUUCUAAGAUCAGAGCACCUCAUAUUUUUCUAAUUGUUUUGCCAAAAAUUGCCAUGUCUUGUCACAAGAGUGUGUGGAGUUCAUCCACCUUAUUUUAAAGAAAUUGACUACAAACCUUCAGUUUGGUGAAACAGUGUAAGGGUUUCAGGUGUGGCAAGAAGAGACUGAACAGAUGUAUAGAUUCUUAUUCCUUAUGAGCUAAACAUUAAUGAGAACUGCACUAAUUUUUUUACAGCAAUGCACUAAAAACAACCCUGAGAUUGCUGAGAACAUUUAUUUAUAUAUAUAAAUAUAAGUAUAUAAAAUACCAUUAUUUAAAUUGCCUUUGGGAUUAAUCCCCUCCCUCUCCAUAAACAUGUUGAUGGUAAGGGCUGUGCCAUGGAUUUGGUUCUAUGUUCUGUAUUUCGUACAAGUGCAUUUGCUGCAUCCUCUUCACAAUAAAUGGUAAAAUAACAUGUAUAGAAAAGCACCUGAGUAUCCCUGUACUGCAUCAGACUCUAUUGUGGUGGCAGUGGUACCUCAAAUCUGUACAACACAUCUAGCUUUAAAGUGAGCCCCAAAAUACUACCUUUCGUUUGUUCUCCCUUCACUGGCCGUGGCUACUUUGCUUCUUUACACCCAGAGCUGGCUAUGUUAUUUUGUUGGCUCUUCUCUGGCAGAGACAGUUGUUUCAGUUUUAUAGGGGGAGGUGCAGGUUUGUGAUUACUUCAUGGACGAUUGAAGGUUUUUUUUAUUCUAUCCAACUUAAAAAGAAAAAACAGCAACAGUAAAAUCCCCCAGAAGAAAAAAAAACCCAAAAAAACCAAACAAAAAAAAACCAACAACAAACCCAUAAACAAAAACUUUAAACUGCAACUUUUAAAGAGCUUUCAUAGAAGGCACAGCCCGAAACUUGUAUCACUUUUACCACCUUGCCUUUUCUUUCCCUUUAGUCUUCAUUCUUUUCUAUGACUUGAAUUUUAUUUUCUGUGAUUAUAUAUUCUAUGUAAGUGUAAUUUGAGUAUUUAUAACUGUGAAGUUGAAUUACUCAUGUGUUACAUAUCCUAGGUUUUAUUGUAUUUUUUUAAAAGUGUGUAUUCAGGGAAACAAGUAACUCAGAACUAUCAUGGGAGUGUGAGAGGGAAACUGGUUUGUUCUUGACUUGCAGUUCCUAUGACUCACUUUUCUUAAUCCGUAAGAAAAAAAUCUACCUGUUGUGAUUGUUUCCUGUUUCUGACCUGUAAUUACAUAGGACUCUGUGGGGAAACUGCACACAGUCCUAGCUUUUGGGAGCAGCCAUCUUCUUCCCAGUCACCUCCACUUCUUUAUAUGUAAUAUAACCAGAAGAGACUUCUGAUUCAGCACAGAGGUUAUUGCAUUUAUUUCUCUGACAUCAGAGGAACCUUGUCCAUUAUGUACCUAAUGUAAGAGUGAAAUUACAUGGGCUGAGGAAAAAAAAAUAACAAAGGAAGAAACAGCUACCUAGGAAAUGUUUGUAUUCUGACUCAAGUCACUGUAUGCCAUCUAGCCAUGAAAGGGUAAGUCUGUGUGCCUGGUAGCUAGUCAGUUCUGGAUACUGUUCCCAAUGAAUUAUACUGGGACUUUGCUUACAUCAUAUACUAUGCAAACAUGUACUCAAAGUACUGUGCAUCUUACAGUUGCAUAUUACUAUUUGGUUUAUGCAUAUGCGGUCCCAUUCAAUCUUGGUAUAAAUGUACAGUUCUAGAUCUGUCACCUUUGAAAUAAUUCUCCUGUUCCACAUAGUUUAUCAUAUCUGCACAUUAUAGUGUAGCUGAAUUAAUCUCCUGCAUAUCUGAAAACUUAGUACAGUAGAUAAAUCUUCUUCAGCAGUCUGGUAAUGUUGCUGUCAGGAACUAAGAAAAUGUGUAAAUUUUGAAUUGAAGGUAUUUUAGUUGAGAUUUUAUUGUGUCUUUCCCUUCAGGUAUUUACAGGGUUUUCUGUACCGCUAGGAAUACUGCUUCAUUUUAGAAAGAGGAAUUUGUUUGAGAAUAGGCCCCAUUUGAUAUUAGUUGCACAAGGUUGUGUUCCUUUCUUGUACUGAAGCCUUGAGGUAAGCAAAUGACUGAAAGUCAAAAUACAUAGGUGGUUUUUGUUUGUUUGGGUUUUGGGGAGGUUUAUGGGAGCUUUUUGUUUGCUUGGAUUUUUUAUUUAUACAAAACAAACUUGACUGAAGCAACUUUUUAUAUGUUAACCCUGGCCCUGAACAAUCCUUCAGUCUUUUCAGGACAAGAUAAUGGUAAUGUCCAUUGCUGGUAAUAGGUAGGAAUUAAUGGCUUGUUAACAUAAAAUUUCUAGAGAAUAUGUAACUGCCUGGAAUUAGAUCAGCAAACAGCUGAUGGGGGAAGAAAGGUGGGUUUUGGUUUUGUUGUUUGUUUUUUUUUUUAAGGGGCAAAGAGAAUUAAUGGAUCUUUCUAUUUAUUUUUUUUUUUCUAAUUUUAAGGCUUUUGGUGUGUUGCCUUCAGGAGGUGCAUUUCAAUGUGGCCAGUUAACAGCUUAAUACCUUCUUUCAGAUACUUGGCUUUCAGAUACUAUGAAGCCAUUCGCAUUGUGCUUUUACCUAUUCCAGAUCUGCUCAACAGAAGCCACAUAGUUGAAAUUUCACUUUUCCAUAAGGCUUUAGAAAAUUAACUUUUUGAAAGUUUUCCUUCAUUCUGAACUCUUAAAGUUCAACAAUUGUUAUCGUAUGUUGGUUUGUGCAAAGUCUGUGUCAUUGGUUCUACUGUGCAAAUGACAAACCAUGUUUGUUUACUUCUAGCUCCCCAAAGGAUAGGUCUGUCCAUGGAAACCUCUUCUCUAGAUAGGGAUAAUUUCAUCUUCUGUUUUCUUUUCUUUGGCCUUUGUCUUGAUGCAUGAUAUUUUUCUCCUGUUGUGAGUAUGGAAAAGAUAGGUAUUUUCAGAUCAGUCCUGUCAGUCCAGAUUAAGCUCAGAAUAGAGCAGAUUUUUCCGGGGUUUUUAUAGAUCUUUCUAAGCCUUCAUGAAAACCUAUUCUGGAUGAGUGCUUUAUCUCUGUCCACUUGCAUUGUGUGAUAUUCUUUUGCCAUAAGAACAUUCCAGUUAAGUCCCAUUGUUUUAGCUUCCAGGUGGUUUCCAAUCUCUGAAUUCUUUAAAGGUGGUAUCUAUGUGUACGUACCUAAGGAUUUACCACUCCCUAAAACAAAUACUAAAUUAUAGAAAAAUGCUGGAAACCCCCCACUAAUCAGAUUAUGUUCUUUGGUAAAAAUGGCUGCUACUUAAUUUUUUAAAUCCUUUUCCUGUUUCACCUCCCUGUGAAAUAUUUUUAAGUGUUCUGAUUAAAACAAAACCCUAAAAUGUGUAGGUGACACCACUGACACCUAGAUUUCUGUUCCACUUGCACCAUUAUACUUGUGAUGAAUUCUGGGGUGUGUUCUCAUGAUUCAACAUUUGCAAACUGAUUUUGGAGUUGGGGGAAGAGUAAGGGAGGAGUAGGUAGGUUGAAUGGUCCUACAGCUGCUUUGCCUGGGACAUUUGGCAUGUUUGCAUGGUAAUCUCAAUUUUCCGGUCAGCUGUGUAGUUCAUCACCAGGCAUUCCUUACCCCCAUAUUCACAACUCUCUUUGGAACUGAAGAACUCUUUGAGAAGCCUAGAUGAUGGGUGAGAUGAAAGACUAAGACUUGUGGCACAGGUCCCUGCCCAUGGCUAUUUGGCAAGUGGCCAUAAAGCUUUGUCUGGACUUGGGUGAGCAGGGACAAGAGAUGCCUUACAAUUGGAUUCAACAUCAAAUUGUUUCUCUGAUAAUGCACACACCAACACAGACCUAGGAGUGUGGAUACAAAGACACUGCUUUAAGGAUUUUCAACUGCAGAACUCCCCAUUCACAGAAUGGAGCAGGAUAGAUUGCAUUUCUUACCAUUAACGAUGUUAUUCAACUCAUAUUGGAUUUGGGGUUAUACCACCACAGGUUUUAUGUACUUAAUUUUAUUAAGGAAUUUUAUACCUAUUAUAUAGGCAUCUAUUCUUUUCCUGUCUGGCUUGCUAUUUGAUAAUCUCUUGCAGUACAUUCAGUGGCACUGGACUUGUUCAGAAAUUCUGCUGGUAAUUACUGGUGCCUUAGUAAAAAAGUGGGUACAUAACACCUUGGUGGAAAGUAAAGCAUGUGGCUUGUUUCACCCCAGCAUGAUACGCAUAUUUCAAAACAGGUGACUAAGAUGGCUGCCCCAAAAGAUUUUUGGGAGUAUACAUACAUCACUCGGUCACAAACAUCUGAAUAUGAGCAAUUUUUAUGACUUCUGCUAUGUACAGUUUGAAUAGAUAAUCCCAGUACACCUAGGCCACAACUCUGAGAGACGGCGAUCAAGUAGCUGGCCUUCUGAGUGUGUUACACAGACGUCCCCAGGAGCCUGACGGUGAGCUGCUGGUUUGGAAAGGGAGAGGGGAGUACAGUGUGGGAGGAUGGGUUUGGUUCUUAAUGGACAAUGGAAAUGCGUAUUGCCUCUGCCAGCAAAAGGAUACCUUGCCAGGGAUAGGGAUAUACAUACCUGCGUGUCUGUGAGUGUGUAUGUGUCUGCAUGUGUUACUGGAAAUGGCCUGUAAAUAGUGUAGCUGUUUAAAAUGGAAAAGGCAGAGAGUUUUUUGCAACAUGUUGCAGCAAAAGGACAGUAUUGACAGUGGAGAAACACUGAGAAAUAAAAAAAAACUUUUUUCA